GCUAUCAUCAAUCUGCAGAUGCUGACUUAUCUCGACAUCAGUCGAAAUCUCCUGUCGGUUUUGCCAAAAUAUCUGUUCAACCUCCCCCUCAAAGUUCUGCUCGUGAGCAACAACAAGCUUGUGUCCAUCCCCGAGGAGAUCGGCAAGGCCAAAGAGUUGAUGGAACUGGAUGUGAGCUGUAAUGAGAUCCAGGUGCUGCCAGCUCAGGUGGGGAGGCUUCACGCCUUACGAGAACUCAACAUCAGGAAGAACUGUCUUCACAUGCUGCCUGAGGAGCUGGCUGACCUGCCCCUCAUCCGACUUGACUUCUCCUGCAAUAAGAUCACAGAGAUUCCUCCAGCCUAUAGGAAACUCAGGCAGCUGCAGCACAUCAUCCUAGACAACAAUCCUAUGCAGUCUCCACCCGCACAGAUUUGUCUCAAGGGCAAAGUGCACAUAUUCAAGUACCUGAACAUCCAGGCGUGUAGGAUGGACAAGAAACCAGACACCCUGGACCUCCCUUCCCUCGGCAAACGCUGCCUUCCACAGCCACUUACAGAUAGCAUGGAAGAUUUUUAUCCCAGUAAGAACCACGGGCCUGACUCUGGAAUUGGUAGUGACAAUGGUGACAAGAGGCUGUCUACAACAGAGCCUUCAGACGACGACACUGUCAGCCUGCACUCUCAGGUUUCAGAGACAGCCCGUGCUGAUGCCCUCUCACUCCUCUCCAAAAUGGACUCUUGCAAAGAUCAGGAUCUCUAUGACUUUAUAGAGCCCAACCCUGACGAGGAUCCUGCUCUGUCAGAGUGUGAUGGACAGCAGAGCAGCCAUGUGUCUUGUAUAAAGGAACUGGAGAAAGUUCUUAACAUGUCCCACCAAAGCAAAGAUAAAGACAGCUGGAAAGAGGAGUCAGGUUCUGACAAGGAGCAGCUGGUUGAGGAAGAGGAUGAUGAGCUGAAAGAAGUGCUGGAUCUGAGGAAGAUUGCUGUUCAGCUUUUGCAGCAGGAGCAGCAGAAUCGACGACGGUCCUUAAUUUGCAGAGCAGAGAGUCUUAUUCACCGACGGAGAGUGACCGGCCGGGCACACAGGUUCCUCAGUCACUCUGGAAGCUCCAGCAGCAAACCAAGGCCUCCGCCUCAGACCGCUCGAAGUGCUUCUCUGGAUGAAGGAAGUAGCGGAGCAACAGUGCUAAGUGGACAGCCUUCCUCUUCCUGCUCCUUUGACGGUAGCCUGAAGACAGAUCAGUCAGAUUCAGAGCCAAAAUGGCCUGAAGUCCCGCCUGUGCUCAAUCAGAAUGAAGACCGCAGGAGGAACAAGUACUUGAGAAAAGAUUAUCUAAAGUACAAGUGUCAGAGUGCCCGGAAAAACUCCAGUGGGAAUGACGACUGCGAGGAAGGCUUGCGCAACAGCGAUUUCAGCACCACUUUGACAGUGUUUGGUCUAAAGCCAAGAUCAGCCUUCACCAGAGGAAGCCGUCAGGAGUACAGCUCAACAGACCCCAGUUUCACUAUGAGGAGGAAGAUGGAGCACUUGAGAGAGGAAAUGGAACAGAUAGGACUCUUGCGGCAGAACAUCGAGUCCAGACUGAAGGUGUUGCUCCCAGACGAUGUUGGAGCUGCUCUAAUGGAUGGAGUCGUCCUUUGCCAUUUAGCCAAUCACAUUUGUCCUCGGUCUGUUGCCAGCAUCCAUGUGCCAUCGCCCGCAGUGCCAAAGCUUAGCAUGGCUAAAUGCCGUAGGAAUGUGGAGAACUUCUUGGAUGCCUGUAAGAAGCUGGGUGUUCCACAGGACAAGCUGUGUCUGCCCCAUCACAUCCUGGAAGAGCGCGGUCUGGUGAAGGUGGGUGUGACUGUCCAGGCUCUGCUGGACCUGCCCGCGUUGAAACCAACACAACUGUCAGCAGUUUGACGCAAGCCUGAAUGUUGCGUCCAACCUGCAG